AUGUCCUCACCUCCGCCGCCUCUCCACCCCUCCCUACCUCUCUCAAAUGGCGCAACCAAUUCCCGCCAGCGAGCCCUCGCCUCCCAAAUCUCCUCUCUCCUCCUUCAGCGCAAGGACUGGAUCCCUCUCCUCCGACCCAAGUCCUCCCUCCUCUCCCCCCUCGCCCCCGAUCUCUUCCUCCACAUCCUCACCAGAAUCCAAUCCCAGCCCGAGAUCUCCCUCCGCUUCUUCAAUUGGGCCAAGUCCAACCUAGGGUUCCACCCUGACCUCCGAUCCCUCUCCAAGAUGGUCCAAAUCCUCGUCGAUUCCGACCUCCUCGAUCCCGCCAAGCACCUCCUCCACCCGCUUCUCCGAUCCGAGCCUUUUCCAGCGGUGCUCGAUUCCAUUCUCCGCGCCUCCACCUGUCAGGAUUCUAGGUCUAGGCUUCUCAGUUUCGUUCUUGAAUCUUAUGCUAGCCUGGGAUCCGUCGCGAAUGGCUUGGAGACUUUUAGAAAAAUUAGGGUUUUGGGGUGUCAGCCGUCGACCAGCGGCUGCAAUGCGCUGCUCGAUGCAUUGUGCUCUGCCGACAGGAUCCGGAGAAGGAAGUUUGGAGCUGCUGUUAGUCUACUGAAUGAGAUGUAUAAGGUGAAUUUGAGGCGAGGUUUGGUACUUAUAGCUCGAUUCUUGAUGGUGGAUGCAAAUUUGGGGAUGUUGGGAGUUAUCAAUUCGAUGCUGAGAGAAAUGGUGGUGAGAGAAUUGUUGCCGACCGUCCCGGUCUUGGAUUAUGAUUGGGUUAUCAGAACGCUUUGUGCGCAGGGGAAGACAUAUGCAGCAGAGAUGUUCUUUGAGAUAGCUCAGGAGAAAGAGAUUAAAUUGGGGAAGGAUAUAUACUUGUGUAUGCUGAGGGCAUUAUCCAAGGAAGGAAGAGUGGAGGAAGCGAUGAGAAUGUAUAGGAUUAUGUCAAAAGAGGGUGUUUCGGUGAAUCUUAAAUGCUGUGUUGAGUUCGUGAAUGGGAUCUGUAAGGCUGCUCAGUGUGGUAAGGCUAGGUGGAAAGAAGCUAGUGAGCUUUUGGAUCUUGCUCUUGAGAAGGGUAUUUUGGUUGAUGCUUCUUGUUGUUGCACAUUGGUGGAGCAUUAUUGCGGCAAGGGGCUUCUUGAUUCUGAGAUGAGGAAGGCCAUGAAUCUUCAUGAUGAGAUGCUGAAGGUGGGGCUUAAGCCUGAUGAUGCCACUUACAAGCAU